CACAGUGAGCAGAAUGAACAACUCACAGGACCAGAGUGGCUGCUCCAGUAAUCGAGAGCCCCUUUUGAGGUGCUGUGAUGCACGAAGGGACUUGGAAUUGGCUAUUGGUGGUGUUCUCCGGGCUGAACAGCAAAUUAAAGAUAACCUUCAAGAGGUCAAAGCUCAGAUUCACAGCUGCAUAAGCCGUCAUCUGGAAUGCCUUCGAAGCAGAGAGGUGUGGCUGUAUGAACAGGUUGACCUCAUUUAUCAGCUUAAAGAGGAGACACUGCAACAGCAAGCCCAGCAGCUCUACUGGUUAUUGGGCCAGUUCAAUUGUCUUAUUCAUCAACUGGAGUGCUCCCAAAACAAAGAUCUAGCCAAUCAAGUCUCUGUGUGCCUGGAGAGAUUGGGCAGUUUGACUCUCAAACCAGAAGAUUCAACUGUCCUGCUCUUUGAAGCAGACACAACUGCGCUGCGCCAGACCAUCACCACAUUUGGGUCCCUCAAGACCAUGCAAAUUCCUGAGCACCUGAUGGCUCAUGCUAAUUCAUCAAAUACUGGACCCUUCUUGGAGAAGAGAGGUUAUAUACCAGUGGCAGAGCAGAAGUCAUCAUCCAGCACCACAGCUGUACCUCUCAGUGAAUGGCUGCUUGGAAGCAAACCUGCCAGUGGUCGUCAGGCUCUGUAUGUACCUAGCACCAACCCUCAGGACUGGCUCACCCAAAAGCAGACCUUGGAGAAUAGUCAGACUUCUCCCAGAGCCUGCAAUUUCUUCAGUAAUGUCUGGGGCAACCUAAAGGGCUUGGAAAACUGGCUUCUGAAGAGUCAGCAACAAGAAGUUCCUGAAAACCCAAAUAAUAAAAAGUGUAACAGCUGUUCUUCUACCAGUUCUUUCUCCAUUGAAGUUGAAAAGGCUGGAGAUCUGGAGCUUCCUGAUCAAGAUGAGGUGCACCUUUCCGAUUGGCUGCUGACUCCCCAGGAACCCCAUAAACUGGAGAAAUCUGAUAAUGGCAGUUUUGAAACCAGUGAGAAGUUUAAGCUCUUGUUCCAUGUUUUCCAGGAGCCCUAUAAUGUGAGUGAUUGGCUUCUCAAGCCUGAUUCCUGUACCAAUUGUCAGGGCAAUCAGCCCAAAGGUGUGGAGAUUGAAAAUCUGGGCAAUCUGAAAUGCCUCAAUGACCACUUGGAGGCGAAGAAACCAUUGUCCACCCCUAGCAUGGUUACCAUGGAUUGGCUUGUCCAGAACCAUCAAGAACCAUAUAAAGUAGAGGAGGUAUGCAGAGCCAAUGAGCCCUGCACAAGCUUUUCAGAGUGUGUGUGUGAUGAAAAUUGUGAGAGGGAAGCUCUGUGUACGUGGCUUCUAAAGAAAGAAGGAAAGGAUAAAAAUGGGAUGCCUGUGGAUCCAAAACCUGAGUUUGAGAAGCUUAAAGAUUCCCUGAAUAUGUGGCUCUGUCCUUCCAGAAAAGAGGCAACAGAACAAGCUAAGGCACCAAAUGGCAUGGCUCCUUCGAGAAUUGAUGAUUCCUUUCAAGUCAUAAGGAACAGUGCCUUGUCAGGGUGGCUUAUCAGACCAUCACACAAAGAAGGAAGUCCCAAGGAAGUGCCUAGUACUGAGGACAGAGCUGGCAAACAAAAGCUUAUGAGCCCCAUGGCCACAUCUUGGUGUCCCUUUAACCCAGCUGACUGGGUCUUGCCAGGAAAGAACACAGGAAACCUCAGCCAGGUGUCCUCUGGAGAAGACAAGUGGCUACUUCGAAAGAAGGCCCAGGAAGUAUUACUGAAUUCACCCAUACAAGAGGAACAUAACUUUCCCCCAGACUGUUACGGUCUCCCAGCAGUUUGUGAUCUUUUUGCCUGUAUGCAGCUUAAAGUUGAUAAAGAAAAGUGGUUGUAUCGAACUCCACUACAGAUGUGAAAAAUGGAAUACUAGAGUGAAGCCCCUUUUCUGCAGAUUAUCGCAUAUCCACGAACUGAGUGACUGCGCCUUGCCAAAUCAUUGUUUCUGAAUCUGAUCAGUCAGCUUAGUUCCUUUCCUGUCUUUGAACUAGUGAAGAGAAACAAGUCAUCAAAUUAUGUUACCAUGUAAUAGAAAAAGGCUGCUAAAUUGAUGCUGAGGAGAUUUCACUUCCUUCUUACAGAAGUAUUACUUAAUUCAGCCCUACAUUAGAAGUACAGCAUCUUGGUGGAUAGGUCUUUUUCAAGCCUCC